CUGUUAUAAAAAAAAAAUAAUUAAAAUGAUGCAUUUAUCAUUACGUCAAAUACCAGCUGCUGUAAAUAACAGAGCCAUAGCGUCACUUCAAUUUAGAUAUUAUAACAGUUUUACCAACAAUGUUAAACGUAGCAAAAGUACUGGAAUUUCAGGCAAUCGUGUAUCGAACUUCGCAGAUACUGGUCUGUUUUGCGCCAGCGGUUAUUCGACAUUAACGCGUAGUAUACCUCAAGGAAUAUUCAUUCAAGAGCAAUUUGCCACCCAUUAUUCAACAAUGUCUGGAAAUGCUAAAAUUUUGCAAUCAUCCAUUGAGGAGCUUGAUCCCGAGCUUUUGGGUUUCAUCAAGGAAGAGAAACAACGCCAAAUUAAAGGUUUAGAAAUGAUUGCUAGUGAAAAUUUCACUUCAUUGGCUGUUUUGGAAUGUUUGAGCUCCUGCUUGCAUAAUAAAUAUUCCGAAGGUUUACCUGGCAAACGCUACUAUGGUGGCAAUCAAUUCAUUGAUAAAAUUGAAGUGUUGGCCCAAAAACGUGCCUUGGAAACAUUCAAUUUGAAUCCCGAAGAAUGGGGUGUGAAUGUGCAGCCCUACUCCGGCUCUCCAGCUAACUUUUCUGUCUACACUGGUUUGUUGCAACCCCAUGAUCGCAUUAUGGGUUUGGACUUGCCCGACGGUGGCCAUUUAACUCAUGGCUUCAUGACUGCCAACAAGCGCAUUUCAGCCACUUCGAUCUUCUUUGAAUCGAUGCCCUACAAGGUUGAUGCUAAAACUGGUCUAAUCGAUUACGAAGGCUUAGAGGCCAACGCAAAAUUGUUCAAACCUAAGAUUAUUAUUGCUGGCGUAUCUUGCUAUUCAAGAUGUUUAGACUACGCCCGUUUCCGUAAGGUUUGCAAUGAUAACGAUGCCUAUUUGUUUGCUGAUAUGGCUCAUGUUGCCGGUUUGGUGGCAGCUGGACUCAUUCCCUCGCCAUUCGAGUAUGCUGAUGUUGUUAGCACUACCACACACAAGACAUUGAGAGGUCCCCGCGCUGGUGUCGUAUUCUUCCGUAAGGGUGUACGCAAGGUUAAACCCAAUGGCGAUAAAGUAAUGUACGAUAUUGAAGAUCGUAUCAACAAUGCCAUUUUCCCUGGCCUCCAAGGUGGUCCCCAUAACAAUACCAUUGCCGGUAUUGCUACUGCUUUUAAGCAAGCCCAAUCUCCUGAAUUCAAAGAAUAUCAAACCCAAGUCAUUGCCAAUGCACGCCGUUUGUGUGAUGGUUUGAUGAAGAAGGGCUACAGCAUUGCCACUGGUGGCACUGAUGUUCAUUUAGUUUUGGUCGAUUUGCGUAAUGUCGGUUUGAGCGGAUCUCGUGCCGAAUACAUUUUGGAAGAAGUUAACAUUGCCUGCAACAAAAACACCGUACCUGGUGACAAAUCAGCCAUGAAUCCUUCUGGUAUACGUUUGGGCACACCCGCUUUAACCACUCGCGGUUUGGUCGAAAGCGAUAUUGACGCUGUUGUCGAAUAUAUUGAUCAAGCUCUCAAGAUUUGCGACUUUGCUGUAAAGAAUACUUCUAGUCCAAAAUUGGUUGAUUUCUAUCACACUGUUCACAACAAUGCCGAUGUCAAAGCUAAAAUAGCUCAAUUACGUUCUGAAAUUGAAAAGUUCAGCGAGAAAUUCCCUCUUCCCGGAUUCAAAGAAAUUUAAAUAUGUGUUUAUUUUAACACGCCAUCAUAUACUGUUAGAUUUUAAGUUGUAAAAUAAAAACUUUUAUUUUUUUUAAAUAAAAUUAUAAAUUUUUUAAAA